AUGGCGGAGAACGUACGGUCGCCUUUCGACUACCGGGAGCCGCCGACCCUCGACAGCGACGGGGACGGGAGCAAACCUCCGCCGCCACGGGGGCGCGUAUGUGGAAGAAAACGGAAGGGCACUCCUGUGAAGGUGUGUGAUCGCGCCUACGUGACCGAAGAUGAAGAGGAAGAGAGCAUGUCUGAGCACAGCUACAGCCCUGGGGAUGGCCAGUACCCAGAGGGGGCAGAGGACCGCCUCCCGCCGCCGGGAAGCCCCUACUACCUGGCCGACCCGUCCCAGCUAUGCGUGCCCGAGCUGGGCGAGGACGGCUCCAGCGGCGUGCGCGGCCCCGUGCUCUUCCACCCGCCGCCCAACUGCCGCAUCCGGGAGGUGCACUGCGGGAGCCAGGUGCGGCUGGUCGUCAUAGCGAUCCGGGACAUCGCCAAGGGCGAGGAGAUCACGGUGGACUACAGCCUCACGGACUGGGGCGAGAACGCCAUGCACUGCCCGUACUGCGGGCGCCACUACCGCUCGCUGGCACGCCACCUGGAGAAGCACCACGCGGGGCAGCCCGAGGUGCGCGCCGCCAUGGAGCUAGCGCACCUGCACGCUAACGGCGGCGGCUCACACGCGCGCGCCGCCUCCUCCUCCACCUCCUCCGCGUCGGCCCCCUGCGCCGCCGCCGCGCCGCACGGCCACUCCUUCGCCGUCCCGCAGCCCUCGUCCUCCUCCAACCCCACCCCGCCGCCGCUCUUCUCCUCCUCCUCCUCCUCCUCCUCCUCCCGGGAGCGGGAACGGGAGUCGCCCGCCACGCGCUCGGCCGGCCCCGCCGUCUCCUUCUCGCUCUCCCUGUCGCCGCCGUCCCUGGCCCCGCCCCCCGCCGCCGCCGCCGGCAGCAGGAAGGGCGGCGGGCCGACGGCGCCGGCCGCCAAGCGCGGCGCCGGCGCCUGUCAGGCGGCGUCCCGGGUGAAGAGCCCCUCGCCGCCGCCGCCCCCGGCCGCCCCGCCGCCGCAGGUGGCCCCGCCCCCUCCGGCGCCGGCCUCCUCGCCGCCCGCCCCCCGGAGGGGCCAGAGGAUGAAGAGGGAGAAGCAGGAGGAGCAGCAGAAGGUGGAGAAGGAGGAGCUGGCGCCCCCGCCCACGCCGGAGCCCCACCUGGACCAGGAGGAGGAGCUAGAGCUGAGCGCCGAGGGGGAGGAGGAGGAGGAGGACGCGCCGGAGGAGACCAACGGAGAGCUGCUCAGCGCCCACCGACAGCACAUCUCGCCGCUGCUGUCCUCGCUGUCCUGCCUGGUGCUGUACCUGCGCCGGCAGCAGCACGCCUCCUUCCUGUCCCUCACGCGCUCGCCGCACUCGGCCGAGGCGUGGCGCCUCCUGUGCCACUCCAGCCUCUCGCUGCUCAUCCUCUACAACCGCCACCGCGAGUGCGAGGUGGCCAAGCUCUCGCUGCAGGACUACCGCAACCGCACCCUGCCGCCGCCGCCACCGCCGCCGCCCGCCCCGGCCGGCAGCGGCCCCGCCCCUCCGCCGCCGGCCCCGCCCACCGGCACGGAGGCCCUCCUCUCGCCCUUCGAGCGCCACGUCCUCUGCCACCUGCCGCGGGCGGGCGUGGUGGGCAAGCGGGGCCGCGUGCAGCCGCUCAUCCUGCCGCCGCACAGCGAGGCGUGCCUGGAGCUGCUGCUGCAGACCAGCCCCAACGUGGGCGUGGACCCGGGCAGCCCCUACGUGUUCUCCCGGCCGUACCACUCGCCGGCCACGCCGCUGCGCGGCACCGACCUCCUGCGGAACCUGGCGCGCGCCAGCGGCGCCAAGAACCCCGGCGCGCUCACGGGCACCCGGGUGCGGCGGCAGGUGGCCAUCCUCAGCCAGCUGCUGCUGCUGGAGGAAGGGGGCGAGGGUCCGGCCGGCGCCGGAGCCGCCGCCGCCGCGGGAGGGGCUCCGGCUCCGGCCGGCAGGGCCACCCAGCGGCUGGAGGAGUUCCUGGAGCGGGAGUACCACGUGACGCAGAACUGCGCCACCAUCGUGCGGGACCCGGCGCUGAUGGGCCGCGUGGGCAGGGUGGUGCUGUACGGCGAGCGCGAGGGCGUGCUGUUCCGGGGGAUGAGCCUGCAGCACAUCUGCCUGGAGCUGGACGUGAUGUCCGGCAACUCUGGGGACUCGUUUUCGGACGACUCUGACGGAGAAGGGGCGGAGAAGGAGGAGGUGAAGGUGGAGGUGGCGGUGGCCAAGAAGAAGGGGCCGGGCCGACCUCCCCGGAAGAAGAGGGGGCCCAUCGCCACCCCCGUCAACACCAUGCUUCCUGUCGCCCAUAAAAGGAGAUGCGUCCAGCCCAAAUCCGGGAAGCGCGGCGUGCUGAAGCGGCCGUGGUCGGAGGCGGAGCGCGUGGCGGUGGAGACCCACCUGAAGAGGAACAUCGUGGAGCUGCGCGUUCCCGCCAAGGCGGACUGCGAGCGCUGCUUGGAGCUCUGCCCCCUACUGGUCAGCAACCACAGAGACUGGCGCUCCAUCAAGUUCUACGUCCACAACCGCAUCCAGCUGCUGAAGAAGCAGGGGAGGCGGGAGAGCAGCGGGGGCGGGGCGGCCUGUUAG